AAAAAAAAACACAAUCAUCUUCCAACACUCACUAAAGCUUACUCUCUAAGCUCUCUCUUCUUUCAUCUUUCAUCUUUUCUAUCUAUCCAUCUAUCUAUUUUCUCUAUAUUGAUCAUGGACAACACCAAUUCAAAGCAUUUAACAUUGAUCAUUUUCUUGGCUUUUGUCUUGAUUCUUGUAUCCGAAAACACGGUUGCUUCCUCCAUUAAAACUGAUGCUGAAUCACUCUUGUUGUUCAAGAAAAUGAUACAAAAAGACCCUUCUGGUGUUUUAUCAGGAUGGCAAGAUAAAAAUAAUCCAUGUUCAUGGAAUGGUGUAACUUGCAAUAGUCUUGGAAGAGUUACAAAUCUUGAUCUUCAACAAUCUGAACUUGUUGGAGAGGUUUCUUUUUCUCCUUUCAAUUCUCUAGAUAUGUUAACUGUCCUUAAUCUGUCUUCUAAUUCCUUCUAUGUAAAUGCCUCAACAUCUUUAAGUCAGCUCCCUUAUAGUUUGAAACAACUUGAACUUUCAUUCACUGGCUUAGCAGGCUUUGUACCUGAGAAUUUCUUUACAAAAUGCCCAAAUCUUGAAUAUGUUAGUCUUUCUUUCAAUAACAUAACAGGUUCUUUGCCUCAGAAUUUCUUGUUGCAUACUGAUAAGUUGCAGUAUCUUGCAAUGGACUAUAAUAAUCUCACAGGUUCAAUUUCUGAUAUCAAGAUUGAGACAUGUAAUUCCUUGUUACGUCUCGAUUUGUCAGGGAAUCAGAUAAUGGAUUCAAUUCCUUCUGCUUUAUCUAAUUGUACAACACUUGAAGAAUUGGUUUUGGCUGAGAAUUAUUUCUCUGGUUCAAUUCCAACUUCUUUUGGUGAGCUUAAAAGCUUGCAAAGAUUGGAUCUUUCUAAGAAUCAUUUAUCUGGUUGGAUACCGUCUGAAUUAGGAAAAUCUUGUAGUUCACUUGUGGAACUAAAGCUUUCUAAUAACAAUAUUACUGGUUCUAUUCCUAAUUCCUUCUCAUCAUGUUCUUCUCUACAGAAUCUUGAUUUGUCGAACAAUAAUCUAACCGGUCCAUUUCCUGAUUCCAUCCUACAGAAUUUAGGUUCUUUAGAGAUUUUGCAAAUGAGUAGUAACAAGAUUUCUGGUUCAUUUCCUGCUUCCCUUUCAUUCUGCAAGAAACUCCGUGUCGUAGACUUUAGCUCCAACAUGAUCAAUGGGAUAAUUCCACCAGAUUUAUGCCCUGGAGCUUCUUCAUUGGAAGAGCUGAGAGCACCAGAUAAUUCACUUUAUGGUCCAAUUCCAUCUCAACUGUCUCAAUGUUCACAGCUUAAAACAAUUGAUUUUAGCUUGAACUAUUUGAAUGGUUCAAUUCCAUCAGACUUAGGAAAACUUGAGAAUCUUGAGCAGCUUAUUGCUUGGUACAAUAGUCUGGAAGGGAAUAUACCAGCGGAGUUGGGAAAAUGCAGCAAUUUGAAGAAUCUUAUUCUUAAUAAUAACUACUUGAGUGGGAAAAUUCCUGUUGAAUUAUUUAAUUGUGGUAAUCUUGAGUGGAUUUCCCUCACAAGUAAUGGACUAAGUGGUGAGAUUCCUAAAGAAUUUAGCCAUCUUUCAAGGCUGGCUGUUUUGCAACUAGCAAAUAACAGCUUGAGUGGUCAGAUUCCAAGUGAAUUGGUGAAUUGUAGUAGCUUGGUUUGGUUGGAUUUGAGCAGCAAUAGGCUAACGGGGGAGAUCCCACCGCGACUUGGUAGGCAGCAAGGAGCUAAAGCAUUGAGUGGGAUUCUAUCAGGUAACACUUUGGUGUUUGUUCGAAAUGUGGGAAAUUCGUGCAGAGGUGUUGGAGGAUUGCUCGAGUUCUAUGGAAUUCAUCCUGAAAGGCUUUUACAGGUUCCAUCACUAAAGAGUUGUGAUUUCACUAGGCUGUAUUCUGGUCCAGUUCUUAGUGCUUUUACUCGGUAUCAGACUAUCGAGUACCUUGAUCUUUCUUACAACGAGCUUCGAGGGAAAAUACCUGAUGAAUUUGGUGACAUGAUAGCUUUGCAAGUUCUUGUUAUAUCACACAACCAUUUGUCAGGAGAGAUUCCUUCAUCACUUGGAGGGCUAAAGAAUUUGGGAGUGUUUGAUGCAUCACAUAACAGAUUGCAGGGUCAAAUUCCUGAUUCAUUUUCGCUGCUUUCUUUCUUGGUGCAAAUUGACUUGUCGUACAAUGAAUUGACAGGACAAAUUCCACAAAGGGGUCAGCUCAGUACACUUCCUGCAAGCCAAUAUGCAAACAAUCCUGGACUCUGUGGGGUUCCGUUGUCCGAAUGCCAAUAUAGCUCACCUGCCACGAAUACAAAUGGAGAUGGAGGAGGAGGAGGAAAAAGAAGCUCAGCUGCAUCUUGGGCUAAUAGCAUUGUUCUUGGAAUUCUCAUCUCCAUUGCCUCAGUGUGCAUUUUGAUUGUUUGGGCUAUUGCUAUGCGCGCAAGGCGAAGAGAGGCUGAAGGAGUGAAAAUGCUUAGUAGUCUGAGUACUAAUUAUGCAGCUUCAACAUGGAAGAUUGACAAAGAGAAGGAGCCAUUAAGCAUCAAUGUAGCCACUUUCCAAAGACAACUUAGGAAGCUCAAAUUCUCACAGUUGAUCGAGGCCACAAAUGGAUUCUCAGCUGCCAGUCUCAUCGGCUCUGGAGGAUUCGGAGAAGUCUUCAAGGCAACAUUGAAGGAUGGAUCAAGUGUUGCAAUCAAGAAACUCAUCAGGUUAAGUUGCCAAGGUGACCGAGAAUUCAUGGCUGAAAUGGAGACAUUAGGAAAGAUCAAGCAUAAGAACCUUGUACCCCUGUUGGGAUACUGCAAGGUUGGUGAGGAAAGACUUCUAGUUUAUGAGUUCAUGGAAUAUGGCAGCCUUGAAGAAAUGCUACAUGGGAAGACAAGAACGCGUGAUAGAAGGAUCCUAACAUGGGAGGAAAGGAAAAAAAUAGCCAGAGGAGCAGCCAAAGGACUCUGCUUCCUUCACCACAAUUGCAUCCCACACAUCAUACACCGCGACAUGAAGUCAAGCAAUGUGCUACUAGACAACGAAAUGGAUGCCAGGGUGUCUGAUUUUGGCAUGGCAAGGCUCAUAAGCGCGCUGGACACACACCUCAGCGUGUCCACACUAGCAGGUACACCAGGAUAUGUACCACCUGAGUACUAUCAGAGUUUUAGGUGCACUGCAAAGGGGGAUGUUUACUCAUUUGGAGUCGUGCUUCUUGAACUCUUAACGGGUAAAAGGCCAACAGAUAAGGAAGAUUUUGGUGACACAAACUUGGUAGGAUGGGUGAAAAUGAAAGUAAGAGAAGGGAAAUCAAUGGAAGUAAUUGAUCAAGAAUUGUUAUCAGUGACUAAAGGGAAUGAUGAAGCAGAAGUAGUAGAAGUUAAAGAGAUGGUAAGGUACUUAGAGAUAACAAUGCAAUGUGUAGAGGAUUUUGCAUCAAAAAGGCCUAAUAUGUUGCAAGUUGUGGCUAUGUUGAGAGAACUUAUGCCUGGAAGUAGUUCAAGCAACAGUGGCUAAACAGCAAACCAAAAAAACCAAAAGGAAAAAAGAGAAAGAUGGUUUUUUUCUCAAGAUUAGUUAUGGAAAAACAAGCCAAAAGAAUGUAAAAUUCUUUCUUCUUUUCUUUGUGCAAGUAUUCAUCUGCAUUUGUACUUA